AUGAAGGAACCAAACGAGUUUACAGUUCCUCAGUUAAAGGCGAAACUCCAGAAACGCGGGCUCUCAUCAGCUGGUUCGAAAAUUGAACUGAUUGCCCGUUUACAGGAAAAUGACCCAUCCGGGGAAUGGAGACAAGAGUCGGAGGAAUCAGUGAGCUCGGGGGAAUCAUCGCACCAACAUGACCCGGUAUGUAAUACACCGACGGCAGACGCACAGAGAGAACUCGAUUUGUUAAGGCGCGAACGCGACCUUAUGCAGCGAGAACUCGAGCUCGCACGACGAGAGCUCGAGCUACUUCGAAGGGGGAAUUCUCCAGCAAGCGUGGAAGGGCAAUCAAAAGUCAAUAUUAAAUCGCUUUCGGAUCUAAUAAGCGAAUUUAACGGGACACAAAAUACUUUUUCGAAUUGGGUAAAACAGCUGCAACUAUUGAAGAACUCAUAUGACUUGGACGACCAUUCUAGCCGGAUUUUGGUGGGGUCAAGGCUUAAAGGGAAAGCACUCGACUGGUUCCAUUCGAAGCCCGAACACAUUGAGAUGAGUCUUGAUCAAUUGCUGGAGGAAAUGCGAACAAUGUUCGAUCAUCGGCCAAAUAAAGUCGCGUUACGCCGACAAUUUGAGAAUAGAAUCUGGAAGAGUGGGGAGACUUUCAAUGACUAUCACCAUGACAAGAUUAUACUAGCUAAUCGCGUAGGAAUACCACAAGAUGAGAUAGUUGAUUAUGUAAUUGAUGGGAUUCCAGACCCACGACUUCAAGACCAAGCCAGAAUGCAAAAAUUUGAUGAUACGACCUCGAUACUAGAAGCUUUCGAGAAAAUUGCACUUCGUCCGUUCACGGGAGACGGGAAAAAUGGUAGCAGACAUGAUAAUACUACAGGACGGGUCAAAAACAAUCAUCGAUGGUGCCCGGUACAAGCAGAAACUAACGUUUGUCCAGCACCCAGUGAAGACGAUGAGUAUCACAGAAACAUCCUUUAUACUGUGUAUCCUAACGGGGGAAAAGAGCGAAUCGAGUUGUUGACAUUGUUAGACACUGGGAGUCCUAUCAGUUUCGUUAAAUUGAAAUAUAUCCCAGGCGAUGUAAUAGAGGUUACGGAUGAUCAAACUAGUAAAUUUAAAGGAAUUAAUAAUAGCAACUUAGUCGUUCUCGGUUCGGUCUGUCUCGAUAUUGAGAUGAAUGGAGAGUCGCGAAAAGCCAAAUUAAUGAUUGUUCCUGAUUUCACCAUGGUAUCUUCGGUAAUUCUAGGUCGCGAUAUUUUAAAGAUGUUCGGUCUUAGUUUGAAGGGAGAGAAUACCGAGUAUGAAACUGAAAUUGCUAACAUCGCUAAUAUUGAUAUCUCGUCAUCUGGUGAUGACCCUAGGGAUCAGUUGGAAAUAAAUUCCGCACUUCCGAUCGAUGUACAAAAAAAAGUCGAACGACUAUUCGAAGAAAGAUAUUUGAUGCCUGAACGACCCGAGGUACCAUUGGUGAAGACGGAAUUCUCUCUGUCUCUAACUAGCGCUCAACCGUUUCGGUUCGCGCCUCGCAGGUUAUCGUAUGUUGAAAAAGAGCAAGUACGCGAAAUUGUAAACAGACUGCUCGAGAGAGGGAUUGUCAGGCCUAGCGAGUCGGAAUACGCUUCUCCCAUUGUGCUCGUGAAAAAGAAAAACGCAUUUGUUACCCCUUUGGGCCAAUAUGAAUAUGUGAAAAUGCCCUUUGGACUCAAGGGUGCGCCGACCAUGUUUCAGAGAUGGAUUAACCAAGUAUUGCGAAAAUUUAUCGAGCGAGGCGAUAUAAUUGUAUACCUUGACGACUUUAUGAUCGCGACAGAAUCGGUCGAGCAAAAUCUAAAUAUACUCGGAGAAGUCUUUGAAACGCUUGUGGCUAAUAAAUUGGAACUUCGCGUUGAUAAAUGUCGAUUCUUAUUCACCACGGUCGAAUAUUUAGGCUACAGAGUGUCAAACGAGGGGUUUAGCCCAACUGAUGAUGGAAUCGCCGCGAUUCAAAGAUACCCAGUACCGAGAGAUACCCGAGGCGUGAGGAGCUUUUUGGGCAUGGCUUCGUAUUUCCGGAAGUUUGUCAAUGGGUUCUCGCUCAUAGCAAAACCUCUGCACGAACUUUGUAAAAAAAAUGUAACGUUUCGAUUUGGAGAAAUCGAACUAAAAGCGUUCGAAAUGCUGAAAGAAAAACUCGUUCAAGCACCAAUCUUAGCGAUUUAUAGCCCUCGCGACGAAACCGAGCUACAUUGCGACGGUAGCUCUCGUGGUUAUGGUAGCGUUCUGUUUCAACGGAAAUCAGACAACAAUCUACAUCCUGUGUUCUAUUUUUCGAAGCUUACGAGUGAAACCGAAAAGGAGGACCAAGAGAUUCUCCUACAAUCCGUGCUAACUACUAAAUUAACUGGUAAAGCCCGAGCAGAAGUACGAUAUAAAAAUAUUCCAGAUUUUGAAACAUUCAAAUCCAUUAUGUUAGAAAUAUUCUGCGGUACGAGAACCGUAGGAGCCCUUCAAACAGAGUUGUAUUCUUGCCGACAAAGAUUUAAUGAAUCAGUAAAAGAAUUGAGAAGAAGAGUAGAAGACACAAUGAUGGAAUUAAUUGAUGCAAGUAUAAAAAAGCACUCGACUAUGAUCGAACAAAGGGCGGUAGAAAAACACAUACGCGAAGUAUCCCUCUCGAGUUUCACUCAAGGUCUCAAACGCGACUAA